CCCUGGGAACAUGGCGGCAAGCGUCCGCGGCCGUCCUAUCCGAAGUGUCCGAUUGCGAGAUAAACGAUGUCGCAAUGACAGUGGAGAGGAAAACGUACCGCUGGAUCUCACUAGAGUGCCCUCCGAUAUCAUGCGUGAAAUCCUUCAGAAUGUAGCCAAGCCACAUGGAGUCUCUAACAUGCGGAAACUAGGCCAUCUGAACAAUUUCAUUAAGCUUCUCUGCAGCACUGGUCACUGUGUGAAGACAUUGGGGUUUACAUAUGAAGAAAUAAUUAUCUGCCUGCGGCUGGCGCUCCUCAACGAGGCUAAGGAGGUGCGUGCGGCGGGCCUGCGGGCCCUGCGCUACCUCAUGAGGGACAGCAGCGUGCUGCAGAGGAUCCUCCGGCUGCAGGUGGACUACCUAAUCUCCCGGUGCAUCGAUAUCAAGCAGAGUAAUGAGGUGGAACGGACGCAAGCUCUGCGGCUGGUCAGGAAGAUGAUCACUGUGAAUGCGCUGCUUUUCCCAAACUCCGUCACCAACUCCCUGAUCGCCAUUGGUAAUGAUGGUUUGCAGGAGCGAGACCCAAUGGUGCGGGCCUGCAUCGCCAUCGUCUGUGAGCUGGCCUUGAAGAACCCCGCGGUGGUCGCCCAGAGGGGCGGGCUGUGCACCAUCCUGAAGAACGUCAUCGAUUGCCAGCUCAGCCGCAUCAACGAGGCGCUCAUCACCACUAUCCUGCACCUCCUCAACCACCCCCACACGCGCCAGUACGUACGGUCCGAUGUCGACCUGGAGCAAAUCCUAGCACCUUAUACAGACUUCCACUACAGGCACAAUCCAGACACGACCGAAGCCCAGCUCAAAGAGGACAAACAAGCUCGUUUUUUAGCCAGUAAAAUGGCCAUCGUGGCAGCCUUCCGCUCCUGGUCAGGAAUCAUUAACCUUUGUAAAUCUGGAAACUCUGGAAUACAGUCUCUAAUUGGUGUACUCUGUAUACCAAAUAUGGAAGUAAGAAAAGGGUUGUUGGAGGUGUUGUAUGAAAUUUUUCGACUUCCUGUCCCCAUCGUGACAGAAGAGUUUGAAGAAGCCCUCCACAGCAUUGACCCCAGCAGGUUUCAGGACAGUUGGAGACUCUCGGAUGGCUUUGUGGCGGCUGAGGCCAAGGUUGUUCUUCCUCAUCGGGCCCGGUCCAGGCCUGACCUCAUGGACAACUACCUAGCGUUGGUACUAUCUGCUUUCAUCACAAGUGGACUUCUGGAGGGUCUUGUGGAGGUCAUCACCAGCAGUGACGACCAGAUUGCUGUGCGAUCCACCAUCCUCCUUGGAGAACUUCUGCACAUGGCCAACACAAUCCUCCCUCACACGCACAGCCAUCACCUGCAUUGUUUACCGACCCUCAUCAACAUGGCUGCCUCCUCUGAAAUCACCCAGGAAAAAAGACUACGUGCCAGUGCAGCGGUGAACCACCUGAAGCGUUUCCAUGAGAAGAAGAGGCGAGGCCCCCGGCCCCACAGCCUGUACCUGGACCAGAUCAUCCGCAAGGCCGCGGCUUCACCGCACCGCAGGGAGCAGCCUGUGCGCACGCACAAGGACAUCUACGCCAUUAAGGACAGUGAAGAAGCACUUAUGAUGAACUUGAGGGAUAGUCAGAUCCUCAACCACAAGCAGAACCUGGAGUGGAGCUGGGUCCUGAUCUCCACUAUACUGAAGUGGCCAAGCACUAACCUCAAAAACAGCAAAGAUGAACAAAUGCACAGGUUUGUGCGGCGGCUGCUGUACUUCUACAAGCCCAGCAGCAAGCUGUACGCUGCCCUUGAGCUGGACCACAGCAAGGGCCGGCAGCUGACCGUGGUGGGCUGCCAGUUUGUCGAGUUUCUCAUGGACUCUGAGGAGGAAGGGCAGGCGUAUCUGGAGGACCUGGUGAAGGACGUGGUGCAAUGGCUCCCGUCCACCUCGGGGGCGAAGCCUGAACGCAGUCUCCAGAGCAACGGCCUGCUCAACACCCUCAGCCAGCACUACUUCCUGUUCCUGGGCACACUGUCGUCCCAGCCGUACGGCGUCAAGGUCCUGGAGAAGUGCAGCGUCUUCCAGUGCCUGCUGAACAUGUGCUCCAUGAAGAACCAGGACGCCAUGCUGAAGCUCACCGUGGCGUCGCUGGACUACAGUCGGGAAGGCCUCCCACGGGUCAUUCUCUCAAAGGUUCUCACGGCAGCCACAGAUACCUGCCGCAUGUACGCCACCAAGCACCUUCGGGUGCUGCUGCGGGCCAACGUGGAGUUCUUCAGCAACUGGGGCAUGGAGCUUCUGGUGACCCAGCUGCACGACCACAACAAGGCCAUCUCCAUGGAGGCACUAGACAUACUGGACGAGGCCUGCGAGGACAAGGCUAAUCUGCACACACUUAUCCAAAUGAAGCCAGCACUUUCUCACCUUGGAGACAAAGGAAUCCUAUUACUGUUAAGAUUCCUGUCGAUACCCAAGGGAUUUUCCUACCUUAACGAGAGGGGUUAUGUUUCCAAACAGUUGGAGAGAUGGCAGAGAGAAUAUAACCUUAAGUAUGUGGACCUGAUCGAAGAGCAACUGAACGAAGCACUCACGACGUACCGCAAGCCUGUAGAUGGGGAUAACUAUGUGCGACGUAGCAACCAAAGGUUACAAAGACCAAAUGUAUAUAUUCCUGUGCACCUGUAUGGCCAGCUUGUGCAUGAUAAGACUGGCUGCCACCUUAUCGAAGCUCAGAAUGUUGUUCCUGACCUGAGUUACACUGUGCGCUCUCCGGUGCUGGACAAGUGGGAGGGCCUCAAACAGCUCAAGGCAGCGCUGUGGGCUUUGGGUAAUAUUGGUUCCUCAAAUUGGGGUCUGAAUCUUCUCCAAGAGGAGGGUGUGAUUCCAGACAUUGUAGCUCUGGCGCAGCACUGUGAGGUCUUAUCCAUCCGAGGGACGUGUCUGUACGUGCUGGGGCUGAUCAGUAAGACGAAGCAGGGCUGUGACGUGCUGAAACAGCAGGGCUGGGACGCGGUGCGGCACAGCCGCCGGCAGGCCUGGCCAAUAGCCCCGGACGAGGUGGAGCAGCCGCUGGCCACCGAGCUGUCGUCGGUCCCCAGCACGCUCAGCCUCAACUCCGAGUCCACCAGCUCCCGGCACAACAGCGAGAGCGAGUCACAGCCCAGUCUUUUCUACCUGGAGGAUGACCGGUGCGACGGCCUGACGUUCGCCGAGGAGCACUGCCAGCACGUGCGCUCUAAGCCCAAAGACCGCAGCCGCUUCACCCUGCUGGGCUCCAGCCGCCUCAUGCCCCGCGGCUUCCUCACCUCGCUCUCGCUGGCCGGCAAGAAGCCGCGCAGCACCAGCGACCCCAAGAGCCUCAGCGGCCGACACCACGAGGAGCAGAUGCCCGGUGGCGGUGGCGGCCGGCGAGUCCGCACCGUCACCGAGCCUUCCUCGCUCUCCUACAGCCCCUCGUCCGAAGUGUUCUUCAACGGGGGCAGCCACCCGCCGCGCAGCCCCACCGUCAGCCUGGAGACGUCGUUCCUGGGCAACCGCGUGGUGGGGACGGCAGUGGCCCAGUCUGGAGGCGGUGGGGGUGGUGGUGUUGGAGGGAGCAGCUCCAGCGUCUGUGAGAUCGAGGUGUCUCUGCCCAAGAGCACUGGGGCCGGGCCUGGUCCGGGGGCCGAGGCGGCAGGGGGGGGCAGCGGCGAGAGGGACCCGAGCACUGUCCAGCAGCGGGAGCGGCUGGCCUCAAGCGACGGCCCGUCCUGCCUGACCUCGGGCGGCUCCACCUUCAAGAGCCGCAGCCAGAGCUUCAACACGGACACCACCACCAGCGGCAUCAGCUCCAUGAGCUCCAGCCCUUCCCGCGAGACGGCUGGGGGCACCGCCGUCACCCCCGUUGCCACGGGCUCCUCCGUCACGGACUCCACCGCCUCCUCCUCCGCCUCCACCACAGUGGAGGCCACCAACGACACCGACUGCGCCAGCCUGGACACGGUGGCCGGCGGCAAGCCGGUCAAGACGGUGGGCUCGCUCACCCCCCCGCCCCAAUCCAACCACAUGCCGCUGUCCAAGGCCAGCUCGGUGUCACUGGUGCCGCCGGGCUCGGCCCACACGCUUCCCCGUCGGGCACAGUCGCUCAAGUCGCCCUCGGUGGCGGCCGUCAGGGGCCUGAUGGACUAUAGCUACAUCUACACGAGCCCGCGCGACGCGCUGGGCUACGCCACACUCAAGCGGCUGCAGCAGCAGCGCAUCCACCCCUCACUUUCCCACAGCGAGGCGCUCGCCUCGCCCGCUAAAGACGUGCUCUUCACCGACGCCAUCACCAUGAAGACGGGCAGCCUGGACUCCAGACUCACCUCACGCAGCUGCUCAGGCUACUUACCUGUGGGGGGCAACCGCAGGGUGUCCGACACCUUUCUCCCACGGUUCCUCAAGGCUCUGAGCUUCGCCUCCCUGGACAAGGAGGACCUCCUGAGCCCCAUCAACCACGCCACGCUGCAGCGCUCCUCCUCCGUGCGCUCCAUGGUGUCCAGCGCCACCUACGGCUGCUCCGACGACUACGUAGGCCUGGCGCUGCCCGUGGACAUCAACGACAUUUUCCAGAUUAAAGAGACCUCAUACUUCCAGAAACGAACAAGUCCAACGGCUGGGGAGAAAGUGGCUAAAUUCUUUGGGGAGUCAGAUGGCUUCGUCUCUGGCCCUGCCCUGAAGACUCAGUUCAGCAUCACCGAGCUGCUGGCCAGACAGGACAGCACAGGCCAGCAGGGGGAGCCAGAGACCGGGGGAGGCCCUGAGGAGACGGGCCUGCAGGAGCACAGCGAGGACAACUGCCUCUACUGCGUGGGCCUGGUGGUGCUGGGCUGCAACGCCGGCAGCAACCACCUCAACUCCACACACAACCGCAACGAAGGCAGUGACAACCAGUACCCUCCAUGGGUUGGGUCAACCAGCCACAACCACCUGGAGGUGGUGCCCCAGUCCAAGUACUCGGGCGUGUCAGGCUGCAGUGACGCGGUGUCCAGCGGCUCGGUCAACAGUAGCACCCCCAGCACAGUCCUCGUCCUGGGUUGCAAGACCAUGUCUGAGGACAGCCCGGCAUCCAGAGUGCUCCUCAGGAAGGAGGUGCUGCGGUUGGUGGUCAACCUCAGCUCUUCCGUUGGCACCAAGGGCCAUGAAACAGGCCUCCUCACGAUAAAAGAGAAGUUCCCCCACGCAUUUGAUGACAUCUGCCUGUACUCGGAGGUGUCCUACCUGCUGGCCCACUGCAUGUUCCGACUGCCCUCCCGCCGCUUCAUCCAGGAGCUUUUCCAGGACGUGCAGUUCAGCCCCAUGUAUGAUGAAGCUGACACCAUCUUGUCGAUGCCACCAAAGAAGGAGGAAGGAGAGUUUGCUGCUGUGUCCUGAUCCUCCCGUAGAAGCGUAGCAACACCCCAACCUCCCUCCACACACACACACACACACACACACACACACACACACACACACACACACAAGCCCCUCAUGCUCGAGAGAUACCUCUCACACACACACUUCUCAUCCUCCUCCACACAUCCCCACUCACACGCAGAGAAACAAAGGAAGCCAGAAAGAGUGCAUAGAGAGAGAAGCUGGAGGACAGGAGCGAGUUGAUGGGAAGAGGACAGACGAGUGUGCUGGUGGAGGAAGAAGGGAUAUGGAGGAGUGAGAUGGAAAGAUGGAGAGAAUUACGUAUCUCACUCUGUGUGCGGCAUGGAGGAGGAGUGGAGGAGGGCAUGGAUCAUGGCUGCAGUCAGAAACACAGGAAAACCCAAACCACAACAGCAAAUCAGACAAAACUUAGUGUUCUUUUCGGUUGCUGUCAAAACAAAAAUAGACGUUUACCAAAUAUUAUGGCUGGAGCCAGUUGAGCAACGAACACAAAUUCAAAUGACUAACUGUAAACCUGAACAAACCAAUUCAGCAUUACUGCGACAGUAAAGAACAGGUUUUUUUUGUAAAUUCUACCUGCAAUGAAGGACAACAUUCUCAAAAGGAUCCGAAUAUCGACACGGUUGCUAAAGAACUUCAAGCCUGUCAGUAUUCUCUUAACACUACAGAAAACUAGAGGUGUCCUCAACUGGAACAAGCAUUACAGGACAGGGUCCCCCUCAGUUUCAUGACAAACAAUCAUAUGACGACUUGAUGGAUUUUAUCUUUCAAAACCUUCAGUCAAAGGACUGAAAUCACACAACAGCAGCUGUUGUUUUAUCUUAUUUAUUGUGUAUUUUUUUCAUAGUUUAUGGUGCAUUUUUUUAAUUAUUACAACCUUCAAAACAUCGAGCAUCCAUCAUGUUUUGCCACUGUUCCUCAAUGGGACACUCGGUCUUUAGCCAUGUCAUUUCUCUUUCUAAUUCCUUCUUUUUUUCUGGAGAGAGCUGUUUAUUAUUAUUAUUAUUAUUAUUAUUAUUAUUAUUAUUAUUUCAGUUUCAGCUGUAGGCGUUGGUACUUUCUUCAGUUUGGAGCUUCCAUGAAGGCAAGUUUUUUUUUUUGUCAUCAUGCACAACCCAGCUGCAUUUCACCCACUAAAUGUUCAACCAGUCAAAGGAAGACGCAUGUCCCUGGCUAUGCGCUGUGUGCUGUUAGACCUGUUAGAGCAAACAGACCCUGUCCCUGCAGCUUGUUUGAGCCCAAGAGGUGAGAAUCUCACAGGUAUUUUGCACAUGGGCAUAUGAACUAGCAAUAUGACAUUGAGACAAAAGAAAAAGCUGAAAGGAUUUAUUUUUUUUUGUCCCUUGCUUUUUCUUGCUUCUGUAUGCCAACAACAGGAAUAAAUCGAAGAGUUGAAGAGAGCUAGAUCCUGUAAGAAGUUUUUUUUUUUAUUCUUUUUUUUUUUGCGAAGACGUGUCAUUCCACCAGAGCAAGUCAAUGCAAGGGGUCCUUUAUUUUGAAAAAAUAAAUAAAUACUAUUUGCUAAAAUACUACGUAGGACCUACUACGUACAUCACAGAAGGGACAUCAUAUCUUCUUUCUUCUCCAAGAUUCGGCAAAAAUCAAAUGGUUGCCAUGUCAUCCUCUAUAAUCCUGAAGCCAAAUAAGUAUGGUUACUGUGGUUUUAAUAUAUACUUUUGUCUGUGAGAUCAUCACUAGUGUACCUCUUCCCUACGCCUCAGAUCCAAGGGGCUGUAUGUCAGACCUGAACUAACUCCUUACUCCAUACAAACAAUGAAAAACAGUUGAAAACAUGUUUUUGUUUUCUGACCAACUCAUGAUGUAACUUGUGCAGCGUGUGUGUGCAGAAUUAGACCAUGUAUUGAACAACCCUAUGUUGACUUCACCGUUUCCUUGCACAAAUGCUCUGACACUUUUGUUUUACAUUCACUCUCUCAAAUGUUUACAAUAGUCUUAACUUUCUAUUUAAGAAAUAUCAACACAGCAAGGAGCUCCUUUUAUGCCUGGUCACUUUAUUAAUCAACAAGGUCGGUUGUGUACUUUCUGAAGAACCAUUCUAUAUCCAGAAUUUGUCAGAUCUUUUAUUUAUGAUUAAGUAAAUCUUUAAAGCACUGGUAACAUAAAGAGUUGUAAUGUUAGUAGAUGUGCAGACUACAACAGACAUACAAUACAUUUCUCCUUGCAGCAUCUUUCAUACAGCAUACUAUCAGCAUUGUAUACUAAGCUUUUCAAGGAACAUGCAUGACAAACUACACUCACUGUUAUCCAUUGCUCUAUGUCAACCGUACACGUCUAAAUCCGCUUUUCCCCAGAUUUCAACAUUAGCGUAUCGUAUUUCAUGAAAGGUGGAAAUAAUUGUGUAAGAGUACAAGUAAGAUGCCUAGGGUGGAGUUUGUGGGGGGCAAUUGAACUUCCUUCCUCCCUCCCUCCCUCCGCCCUGUUUCUUGUCAUUGUUUUUGUUUAAUAUGCUGCUACUUGUCUGGAUUUGUAGAGAUUACUUGCGGAUCACUUAAAUCUUUUGACUGAGUUGAUCAAUGUUGUGUAUGUGUACCAGAGGUGAGUGAAUGAGAGAGCGAGCGAGAAAGAGACCAGAAAAGACAGAAUAUUUAUAUUUUUCCUUAAGAUAAUAUUGCAAGUAUAAUUUAAAAUACUUUUUUCUUGUUUUGGGUUUUUCCCCAUUUUUCCUUUUUGGCCGAAUUUGUGACUCCCUUGUAUAAUGUGUACAGUAUGUUUUAGGUGCUGUUGACCUUGACAAACAUACAAUCAAAGGGAUAUAUUAUUAAAAAAGGAAAAAAGACAA